AUGACUGUAGAGGUUGAAAGAAAAUUCGUUUGUGAUGCAGAAAUUAUGGAGAAACUACAGGAUAUUGGAGCUAAAUGCAUUGGUCAGCGGCAGUUCCGAGACCAGUAUUUUGACUCACCAGAUUUCAUCCUCACACUAAAAGAUUUCUGGCUGAGAUGCCGAGAGGGAUUGUGGGAGUUGAAAUGCCCUGCAGUUUCAGGAGCUGCACCUGACAAUGACACUGAGUCCCUUUGCACACAAUACAGAGAGAUAACCAGUUUGCCUCUGAUUCAAUCAGAAGUCAGCAGGAUUAUCAGGGAACACACUGCUGAAGGGAGUGAAUCGAAUUCCUCACCAAGGGAACAAAUUGACAAAGUCGCAGAAAAUGAGGACACAGAGAUCUGUUCAGCAGAUGACACAAAGUGGCUGAAUGUCCUCAAUCUCGUCUGUUUUGCCGAGUUCAAGACCGAGCGCUGCUCUUACAUGCUAGAGAGAGAGGCCGGUGCAGUGCGGGUGGAUCUGGACCAGGCUGAUUUCGGAUAUUGUGUGGGAGAGAUUGAGGUUCUGGUGCCUGAAGGAGGUGACAUGAGUGCAGCUCUGCAGAGGAUUACAGGCAUUGCUGCAGAACUGG